GUGACUGUGGGAACUCUCUGUCUCUCGUUUUCUCUCUCGCGCUCGCUAUUAUUCUCCCGUUUUCUCUCUUUUCCCCCCGCACUCUAUCUGUCCCGUUUCCUCUCUGUUAUCUCUCUCUUUCUCCACCCGUCCCUCUUUCUCUCUGUCUCUCCCACUCUUCUUACUCACUCCUACAAGACUGUUUCUCCACUUCUGCCCACUCACCUUCUCAGCCUCUGUCACUGAGGGGUGUCUCCGGUAGCAGCGGGCGGUGGUUGGUGUCCUGGCCGAGCGCAGGGAGUUCUAGGCGGUGACGGUUGUUGCCGGUGCGGGCGAUGGAAGGGCAGGGCAGCCGCUGUAAGAUCGUGGUGGUGGGCGACACUCAGUGUGGCAAAACGGCGCUGCUGCACGUGUUCGCCAAAGACAGCUACCCUGAGAGCUACGUGCCCACCGUGUUCGAGAACUACACUGCAAGCUUCGAGAUUGACAAACAUCGGAUUGAGCUGAACAUGUGGGACACGUCAGGCUCUUCUUACUAUGAUAACGUGCGGCCGCUGGCGUAUCCAGACUCAGAUGCUGUCCUCAUCUGUUUUGACAUCAGCAGGCCUGAAACUCUGGACAGCGUCCCAAAGAAGUGGCAGGCUGAGGCUCAGGAGUACUGUCCUAAUGCUAAGCUGGUGCUGGUGGGCUGUAAGCUCGAUAUGAGGACAGACGUCAGCACCUUACGAGAACUGUCCAAACAGCGCCUCAUACCCGUCACACAUGAGCAGGGCAGUCUGCAGGCGCGGGAGCUGGGUGCAGUAGCGUAUGUGGAGUGUUCAUCACGCAUGUGUGUGAACAGCGUGCGGGACGUCUUUCACAUCACCACACUCGCCUCCGUCAGACGGCCCACCCCUGGACUCAAACGCAGCUCCUCCCGCCGAGCCCUCAAACGCAUAUCCCACCAGCCCCUGCUGCCAAUCAACUCUCGAGCCACGCCCCUUGAACCCUCCCCCACUCUCAGGAAGGACAGAGCCAAGAGCUGCAUUGUCAUGUAGAAAAUAAGCCAAAAAACACAAACACGUUCAGCUGUGUUCCGAUCUGAUCUGCGUAAAAUGGGUUUCUCGCAGCUGCUGUCUAUUUAUGAGACUUUUAUGGUCGUAUAUCAUGUCAGAUUACGACCAAUUAAAACUGUACAGAUGUGUGAACACGUUCCACAGAGGACUAUUUAUUGACCCUUACAUUGUUGUUGUCGCUGUUAUUAUUUUGAUGCCGCUAAGUAAACAAAGAGGAAAUGAACAUAGAAAACAACAUGCAUGGGACUUCAUCUGUGAGAGCUGUUUAUCUUGUAUUUUUAAUUGGUAACACUUUACUGUAGGGCAGUGUUCAUCAGGCUACAUGACGCCAGGCAUAAAGUAAGUAAUAGUAAGAAAGUAAUAUUUAUUUUUAUUAGUACAUUAAAACACCUUACAUUGCACCAAUGCUUUACACAAUUUAGAUAAUAAAAUAAUAAAUGAAGAAGCAAACGAGUCAAAAAGGAAAGCAAGAUUAAGACCAAAGAAUAUGUAAAAAAGAACAUCAGACCAAAAGUAAUACCAAAGAAAAGAAAAACAAAACACAAACAACACAUAACACUCACAUCUAAUAUACUCAGCUACGUAAAAGGCCAAACAAUAUACGAUCAUACGCAAAAAUGUGGGUGCCGGGGUCAAAUAACAUGUUUUGUUGAUGUUAACACAUCCACCAUAGGGAACAAACUUCAGCACAUUUGGAGUUGGCCUAAAAGUGCCUUACAUGAACAUUUAUGACUGCUUAUUACUAUUGGUGUCGUCUGUCACAAAGGCUGCUUCUGUCAACUUUGAUGUCAACAUUUAUGUCAGGUAAUUUUUCUGAAAAAUUGGCUUGUCAUGCCCACUUUUGGGGAAAUAUCAUAGCAUGUUUUCACACCUUACUUUGUAGCUUGGUAUAUAUCACAGACAUGGAGCUGAUGAUGUGACAUAGCUAAAAGUCCCAGGAAACAGAGUAAAAUAUAAUAUAUAGUAUAGUAUCAUACAGAUACAAGAAGAUAAAACACACUGAUCGGGAACGAGUGAAGAGACGUGCAGACGGACAGACACACAGACAAAGCAACACGUGAAUGAAGGAAUGAAUGAACGAACAAUAUUCAUGUAUGGAUAAAGGAAUGAAUGGUGGCCUAGCAUGUUAGCUUUUGGUUAUGCUGGAUUAGCUUUAGCUCACCAAAUUUCUCUGACUCUGAAACUGUUUUGUGUGGGCGGGGCAAGAGAUGGCAGCCUUCUGAUUGGUCAGGGGAAUGCUUACGGAAGAAUUACCCAAGAUUAGGACCGCCCAGUUUACAUUGAGAGGAAAGAAAUAUGCUCAAAUAUGUUGGUCAUUCAUUGGUUACUGGGACAUUAUUCAAAUGGUAUUAGUAGUACAUUUUUGCUGUAAGAACAAGAUUAACCUAAUUAGUAAGAAAAUACAGAUGUAAGCUCCUUAGAUCUUUAAAUCUUAUAAAUGGUGAAAUGAAAAUUACCCAAGGGCCAAAGAUAUGCUUAAUUUAAGCAAGCUUUAUGACAAAUGAUGCCUAGUGGAAUAUACGUUUAUAAAUGUUUAUGUAGGUUUAUGGCAGUUGUCAUGAAGGGCUUAUGUGGGCGUAGCCUUAUGAACAUUGCCCUACAGUAAAGUGUUACCGUUUAAUUCAUAUUUCUUUGUAGUUUGCAGACUUUUCUGCCAGAGUGUCCACCUCAGAUGUUCCACUGCCACCGCCAGAGAGUUAAUUCAGAUAAGCUUGCGUCUCCAGAGCCCUCAGAAACUUUUUUAUUCACUUCAGUGGCUCUAAUGGGAAUUGGCAGUCAUGGGUGAUAGUGCUCCACUUACAUGGAAUUAUGCACUCUGGAAACGACACUGGGUCAGAAUGCCAAAAAGGUCAUAUUUUUUCACUGGUUCACAUCAUAUCACGUAGGAACCAGUGUAGAACUGGCUGAUACAGUCAGAUAGAGGCAGAAUCACACGUCUGUACUGAUAACGGCUGAUGCCUGGAGAAGCCCAUAAGCCUAAACAUGGUGCGAGUCGGGAUUUAGUAGGUUAUUGACUCGUUUCACACUCUAGGCAGGUGAAAAAAGCACAUCAAGCUAUACAGUUGGCUGUUAUUAUUCAGCAUUCACACUGUUCAGCAAUCUCUCCUGGAGGAAAAGAGGGAUCACAGCAGGGUUGGCACUAUCCAUGUAUUCCCGUUCAAAAUAAAAUCUCAAUCAAGAGAAUCUCAGCACUGUAAA